UGGCCGCACAAUUGCCGUACAAUUGAUGAUUUAUAAAUGACGUUUAUUACAACACUUUUCUACAUUUGAAUUUGUUUUAUCGUCAAUGUCUUACUAAAUGUUUGUUAUGAUCAAAUGUCAAUGUUUGUUAGAUCGCGAUAUCAAUGAUGCGUUGUACUCUUACCCAACGUGAAAGCUCUACCUACACUAAGAACUAGGACAGUUCCAAACAUUUCUCCAUGCUGAACUUUUGUGCAUUAAGUAAUUACUUCCUGUAAAUCUGUGAAGGAGACUCACUUCUCCAGUCAGUUUGUACAUGUAUAAUCUACAGCACAAACUUCCUACUGACUGGCGCGUCUCUUAAAUGCAGGGUUCCUUGUACCUUCCUCUCUCACUUUCUCCUCCAUUUUCCUCCCCGGACGCAAAAGGAACCCAACCAGGCACUUAAUCAGUGUGAGACCAGCCAGCACUAACACUCAUCACCAUGAGCAGCAGCCUGAUGGCUGAGGAUGAGUGUGAGGUGGAGCUGCGUGACCUAGUCACCGAGGCUCUGGAGAACAAUGGGGUGCUGCCCAAACUACGGGCUCAGCUGCGAGCCAGUGUGUUCUUGGCUUUAGAUGAAACAGCGGGCUCAGGUAGCGGUGACCAGUCAUCCCGCUUUCAAAGCGAGGCACUGCUGAGCGUAGCAGGGCGCCCAGUCGGCAGGCGCUGUCUGGCACUGGUGCGAGAGCUGCUGGCCUGCCUCCAGCUGGACUGUACAUUGUCUGUGCUGGAUGCUGAGCUGGAGUCAGUGGCUGGCUGGCGGGAGGAGCGGCCGCGGCUGGCGGCGACGCUGGGUCUCAGCCCGGCCGAGCACGAGCCAGUGCUGGUCGCGCUGCUGGCGGCCCACAGCGGCGCCAGCGGCGGCGGAGCUACGACGUCCCCGCCGGCCACCGGCACCAGCACGGGCGCCACGCCGACCCCCGACCCGGAGCCGGCCUCGGCCGCCGACUCUGGCCCGGCCGCCGGCAGCGGCUCCGCCUCGGCAUCCGACGAAGAGGACUCGUUCUUCGACAGUCUGCCGAAGGUGCGCAGCCUGGGCGUGUCGCGGCCCACCGCCGAGCCGCCGCCGCCGUCCCUGCCCGCCGCACGGCCGGUGGGUGAGCUGCCCCCGCUGACCGGCCGCGGCACGCUGCCGCCGCUCCGGCACGGCCAGCUGCCGAGCCUCUCCGCCGCCCCCGCUCCCGCCGAGAAGCCGCCAGCCGAGCCGGAGCGGGACGCGACCGACGGCAGCAUCUCCGAGGACCUGGACCUGGGCGGCGACUCGAUCCUCUCCGAACUACAGUCGGAUGGCCUCACUGACGACGUGUCCAUAAAAUCAACGGCAGACUUACAAGCUGACGUCAUCGAGAACAUGUAGCGGCAGGUGAUGAACAGGCUCUUCAUCUCUCCAUGAACAGACAUUGGCGCGAUCCGUCCAUGGCUGCGGAACCCUGAAAAUCUGCUCAUAUCGAGGCGUGCUGUGACGGGUCCAGGACAGCUAACCCGACAACUGGGGUGUGAUCGACGGAAUAAAUGCUUGUCAGCGACGGACGUGAGUCAUUGAUGGUCCAUGUUUGAGACGAACUGUCGGUUUUUCUUACCCCCGAGGACCCACGGCAGCUGUGUCAGUCUCGAGGACAUGGCCCGUCAAAACAUAGUCCGUCCACGCAUCUUGGUGACGCGCGUUCAUGCGGUGUUCUGUGCCAUACCAUAUCGCGCUGUCUCGUAACUGCGGCUGUGGAAUGUAGAUUCGAGAAGUGUGCUGUCGCCGUCAUUCAACGGACAUUUGUAAUUGUAAAUAGUUCGAGUGCCGGACAUCAUCCGUUCCAUCUCACUUCACCAUCAUAAUGUGUGUCAAUAAACAAGUUUGAUGUGCUUA